ACUGAGUGAUUUCAUUUCAGGCAGAUUUUAAGCUUUUAGUUUUUUUUAUAAAUACAAAGAUAUGUCGGCCGUGCCUACUACCCUGGCCGUCGCCGAUUACGCAGUGUUCGGUGUCACGCUGGGAAUCUCUGCAGCCAUUGGGAUAUUCUAUGCAAUAAAGGAUUGGAGAUCUACAGAGGGAACGGAAGGAUAUUUACUCGGCGGGAGGAACCUCGGCAUGAUCCCGGUGUCUUUGUCUCUCUCUGUGAGUUUUAUGUCAGCAGUGACAGUGUUAGGGACACCAGCGGAGGUUUAUUUAUAUGGUACCAUGUACUGGUGGUUUUUACUUUCCAUGUUGAUCGUUGCUGUCGUAACUUCCGAGCUUUACAUUCCAACGUUUUACCACAUGGGUAUAUCAAGUACGUACGAGUACCUCGAAGCAAGGUUCAACAGACCAGUACGAGUUUUAGCGACGAUUACAUUCAUCUUGGAGACUAUAUUUUAUGUUGGUAUCGUCAUAUAUGCCCCAUCAUUAGCUCUUAGCGCUGUGACUGGUUUCGAUUUAUGGUCAGCAGUGUUAUCCACUGGGUUGGUUUGCACGUUCUACACAACUCUGGUAUUUAAUUUAAUUAACUCACAUUCCAACAACUCUCUAACCGCAUUACUUAAACCACAGGGGGGAAUUAAGGCAGUAAUAUGGACCGACGUGUUCCAAGCAGUAGUUAUGCUGUGUGGGUUCCUUGCUGUUACAAUACGUGGUAGUGUAGUGUUAGGAGGGUACGAGAAUGUGUGGAAGAUUUGUGAAGAAGGGGGAAGAGUGGAUUUCUUACAUUUCGAUUUGGACCCACGGUACCGUCAUACAUUUUGGAGCAUCAUCGUUGGUGGGACCUUCUUAUGGCUUGGUGUUUAUGCUGUAAGCCAGUCACAAGUUCAACGAUACCUUUGUUGUAGAAGCGUAAACCAAGCAAAGGGGGCGAUAUAUUUAAACUGGCUCGGCUUGGUUAUAAUUAUCAGCCUAUCGGUGAUGAACGGCGCCAUCUUGUACGCUUUUUAUCAUGACUGUGACCCUCUAUCUACUGGCAAAGUCGGUGCCUCAGACCAGUUGCUGCCGUAUAUGGCGCUCGAGUUAUUCAAAGACUAUCCUGGUCUCACUGGGUUGGUCGUGUCUUGUGUAUUCUCGGGCAGUUUAAGCACCGUAUCAUCUGGUAUUAAUGCGAUGUCAUGCGUCACCGUGGAGGACUUUAUUAAACCAGCAACAAAAUGGUCAGAAACGACAUACACAUGGCUUUCAAAAGGCGCGGUGAUAAUAUAUGGUGGCCUCUGUAUCGCUAUGGCUUACUUAGCCUCACAGCUAGGUGGCGUGCUAGAGGCGGCACUCAGUAUAUUGGGGUUGGUUGGCGGGCCGUUAGUUGGUUUGUUUACCCUCGGAAUGAUGUUCCCAUUCGCUAAUUCAAUCGGCGCGUUCGUGGGUUUACUGUCAGGUCUCGCUGUAUCAACAUGGGUUUACAUUGGAAGCAAAACUUAUCCACCAGAUCCUAUUUUUGUGCGGAAACUACCAGUUGAUAUUAGCGGCUGUCCAGUGGUAAACAUUACAAGCAACGCAACGAUUGCAUCUUUUACAUCGGCAACCACACCAUUACCCACAACCACUGUAGCACCUGUGAUACCAGCUAUUGCCGAUUUCUAUUCUAUUUCAUACGUAUACUACAGUUGUGUUGGGUUUGGUACAACGCUUGUCAUCGGCCUUGUGUUAAGCUUAUUGACAUGUGGUUGGCGAGACCGCAAGAAAAUAAAUCCCAAGUUGGUGACGUCAAUAUUCGACCACUGGUUAUUGGAGUGGAUUCCACAAUCGUUUCGAGAUUGCAUGAGAUGUCAGGUUGGGGAGGAAUACAGGGAUUGGGAAAUUGACAUGGACAAUUUGAAGGAGUAUAACACAAAAGAGAUGUACACGCCAGCAAUGAUACCAGAGUUGGGCACGAAGCGCCAACGAACCGACACGGUGAAGAGCGUCUCUAGCGGACUUUCGGACGGCUCCGGUUCAAAUAUAACUUCAAAGAUGUAGAGAAUAUAUGGACACAUGAACUAAUUCAAAUACACAACGAAUAUUCCCCUGGUAUUACAUUUCCUUGUGUUUUACAACUCAGCAACCCAAUUUACAUAUAGUUUGUGGGGGAAGAUGGGACACAUUUAGCACACAAUAUCCGAAUAUAUCCUGUUCGUGCUUUAAACGAUUAACAACGGUCUAUGGGAGUCGUGAGGAUACAGUUUUAUAAUUUUUUAAAUGUUCUUUGAUUGGUACCAGAUGGGACGAGAAAAUAAAAUGAAUAGGUGUCCCAUCUCUCCCUAUCCUACUGUAUAUGGUACAUAGCAUACGGUUUUUAAGCGCACUCUUAAAUUGUAGAUAUAACACACAACUGCGAAACCACAUUUGACUUAUGUUAUCGCUCUAUCCACUUUUGUCAAUAAAUGCGCCAAUUCUUGUUUCAAAUGCGUAGGAUAGCCAAUUUCUGUUUUAAAUGCGCAAUCCAUGUUGCUUUCGUUUUAGCGUUUAAAGAUCCUGUUUUUGUGCGCUAAAUAAACUUUAGUCUAAUAUGAUUUACGC